GUAUCGCCCCGGGCCUCGCCAUGGCCCUCAGAGCCGAGGGGGCCGCGCUCGACUGCUUUGAGGUGACGCUCAAGUGCGAGGAAGGCGAGGAUGAUGAGGAGGCCGUGGUGGUGGCCGUAAUCCCGCGGCCCGAGCCGAUGCUCAGAGUGACCCAACAGGAGAAGACACCACCACCUCGACCCAGUCUGCUGGAGGCAGGUGGUGAUGGCUGUGAGGAGCCCAAGCAACAGGUGUCUUGGGAGCAGGAGUUCCUGGUGGGGAACAGCCCAGGCGGCAGUGGUCGCGCAUUGUGCAUGGUGUGUGGGGCUGAGAUCCGAUCCCCGUCGGCAGAUACCGCUCGCACACACAUCUUGGAGCAGCAUCCCCAUACCCUGGACCUGAGCCCCUCAGAGAAGAAUAACAUCCUGGAGGCCUGGAGUGAGGGAGUGGCCCUUCUGCAAGAUGUCCAACCUGAGCAGCCAUCCUUGCCCAGCCUAGAGUCAGGCCAGGAUGGCCAGCCAGAUCCCGACUCCAACCUGGACCCUGCCAGGAUGCCAGCAGAGAUCGUGGUUCUCCUGGAUUCUGAGGACAACCCGUCCCUCCCUAAGAGGAUCCGGCCUAGAGGACUCCGUCCCCUCGAGCUGCCUGCUGCCCCUGUCACAGAGCCCGGAAAUAAGAAACUUCGUGGUCAGAGGUGGAAGGAGCCCCCUGGGGAAGAGCCUGUCAGAAAGAAGAGAGGCAGACCUAACACCAAAAAUCUGGACCCUGACCCAGAACCUCCAUCCCCUGAGUCCCCCACAGAGACUUUUGCAGCACCAGCUGAGGUCCGACACUUCACUGACGGCAGCUUCCCACCUGGCUUCGUCCUCCAGCUCUUCUCCCACACGCACCUCAGGUCCACAGACAGCAAGGACUGCCCCAAAGAGGCAAAAGCAGCAGGAGAAGGCCUGCCUUUGCUAGAAAGCUCUUCUUCAGCUCCCCCUCCGGGGCUUCGUGGGACACUGGAUCUCCAGGUUAUCCGUGUACGGAUGGAGGAGCCACCAGCAGUCAGCCUCUUGCAAGACUGGUCCAAGCACCCCCAGGGCACCAAGCGGGUGGGAGCAGGUGAUACCCCAGACUGGCCCACAGUCCUGUCGGAGUCCAGUGCCACUGCUGGAGGACAGCCAGAGGCGGGAAGUGGGGUGUAAAUUUUUGCUUUUCUGGAUG